GUCUGCAACAACGCUGCAAGAUGUUCCGAGCAGUGACAGCAAGGUGUUGGCUGGCUGUUGUCAACAUUAUCGGUGAAUAACCUUGAGUCCGUAGCCGCUGAAUCGCAAACAGUUAUGGUCCUCAAGUUGAGAUGUCAGUAUUGAGGUUAUAUUGAUUCAUUGCUCGCCGUCUCCCUCUUCCUCUUGUCGUCUGAUUGCAUACAUGAUCCUUAUGCUAUCACCAUGACCAAAGACAUCGUUGUUGGAGAUGAACUGCCAGACUGGGUCGGGGCCAAGGAGUUUUACCAGAAAUAUGACCUGAAAGAGGUGAUAGGCAGGGGUGUGAGCAGUGUGGUGCGUAGGUGUGUGGACAGACACACAACUCAGGAGCUGGCGGUGAAGAUCAUUGAGAUCACAGCAGAAAAGAUGACCGUUCAGCAGCUGGAGGAGGUGAAAACCUCUACGCUGAAGGAGGUCCAGGUCCUCAACAUGGUGAAGGGACACUCCUCAAUCAUUACUCUCAUUGAUUCCUAUGAAUCUGCGACCUUCAUCUUUUUGGUGUUCGACCUCAUGAGGCGAGGAGAGCUGUUUGACUACCUCACAGAAAAAGUUACCUUGAGUGAGAAGGAAACCAGGAGUAUGAUGCGAGCUCUGCUGGAGGCUGUGGAGUACCUCCACUCCCUCAACAUUGUCCAUCGGGACUUAAAGCCUGAGAAUAUUCUCCUGGAUGAUCAAGGGCACAUCAAACUAUCCGACUUUGGUUUCUCAGUCCAGCUAAAACCUGGAGAGAAACUUCGAGAGCUUUGUGGUACACCUGGUUAUCUGGCCCCUGAAAUACUGAAAUGUUCGAUGGAUGAAACGCACACAGGCUAUGGCAAAGAGGUGGAUCUCUGGGCGUGUGGAGUGAUCCUCUUCACCUUGCUGGCCGGCUCACCACCGUUCUGGCACCGUAAACAGAUGCUGAUGCUGAGGAUGAUCAUGGAGGGUCGCUAUCAGUUCAGCUCCCCGGAGUGGGAUGACAGAUCUGACACUGUGAAAGACUUGAUUUCCAGGCUGCUCGUGGUGGACGCAGCUGUCCGUCUCACUGCUGAGCAAGCCUUAGCACAUCCCUUCUUCAGACAGUACCAGAAGGAGGACGUACGGCUCUUCAGUCCCAGAAAGACAUUUAGGGUGUUUAUACUCAGUGUGCUGGCCUGUAUCAGGAUAUACAGCCGUUACCGCAGGGCUCGGCCGCUGACUCGGGAGGUGCUGGCCAGAGAUCCUUACUCCCUGCGCGGUGUUCGCAAACUCAUUGAUGGCUGCGCGUUCCGUAUCUACGGGCACUGGGUAAAGAAAGGGGAGCAGCAGAACCGAGCCGCCCUCUUUCAGAACACAGCUAAGAUCCUGCUGCUGGGCCUGGAGGACUUAGAAACAUAAAAGGUCAACCUCAUUCCAACCACGUCGAUUUUUUAUUUAAAUGUUUUUUUGUGCUGUCAUGUCCGCAUCAUGUUGCAUUAUGUAUAAUUUUAACAUGAGGAAUUCAGGGACUGGGAUGUUUGUAUGCCUUAAAGCGCAUCAUGUUUCUGCAAGUUAAAGAUAAGCAUGCACAACUUAACAUUUGUUAUCUGCCAUUUGAUCCAACUUUGUGGCUAUAUGAAACUCAUCUUGUCAGGUCAUCAUGUUUGCACUAACACUUUGCAGUAGAGGACACAUUGCACAAUCGUUUGAUAAAACACAACACACGUUGGUAAAUUUGUUUAGGACUGUACCUGUUGAACAUCAGUUGUAACUUAGGGGAGGAUGUGUAAGUAAGCGCUGUGAGGCUGAAGUGGACAUUAAAGCACUGUGAUUAAUUAUUAAAUAUAAUAAUAAAAUACAAUACAGUAUCAAAGGUAGAGUGCAGUAAGGUUUUGGUAGAGAAUCAUGUAGCUGUCUUGCAUGCAGACAUUCCUUAAUAGGAAACCCACUUACACUAACUGUGAAGACCAUUUGUGACCGUAUUUCCUUACCAACAUCAUUCUCUACUCAGUUCAUUCUCCAUUUUAAUAUGUGGCACUUUUCCUGAAAGUGCCUGCCUGAGAAAUACACAGUAAUUGUACAAAUGCAGAUAUACAUUGUACUGUAUAUGAAAAAAAAGUUUGUUAUUGACAAUAAAACAAAUGUUUUAGUUUGAA